AUGGGUGGCAAUCAUUCGCAAUCCACAUCAAAAGAUGUGGAGGAAGGCAGAGUUCAUCAAAAUCCACAAAAAAUCUAUGGAUUAUCACGCUUGAUGACAGCAAAGGCAGACCAUAACCAGACUGUUGCUGUCAAAGGCUGGGACAUACAUGAUGAAAACAUGAAAAAUACACAGUUACUCAAAGGGUUGUACAAGACGCUAGAUCCAACGAUGAUGAAAGUAACACAGGAUGUCAGAGGCGAAAUACAACUUUCAUUUAAGUAUGACUUCAAACGUAGCCUCCUUCUGGUGAAGGUCAUCAAAUGUCGUGAUUUACGGAUGAGGGAUCUGCGCUCCAAAAUGCCUGAUCCCUACGUCAGAAUGGUUCUGAUGCCGGAUGAGGAUGGUAUGGAGGCAAAAAGAACAGCUAUAGUUAGGGGCAAUAAUGAACCAAGAUUUGACGAGAUUUUUGCAUUUCCUCUUGAUGAACUGGAGUUAGUAAGUUUGAAAAUGAUCAUUGAUGUGCUGGAUGACGAUAUCACUGGUCAGGAUGACAACCUUGGGCAGGUCAUCAUAGAUCUCAACUCCUUCAACUUUAAGGAAAGCCCAACCCACACAGCUUGGUACAUGCUGGCAACUGAGACUGACUUUACUGUGGGUGGAAACCUUGAUAUCACACUUGCCUACCAACUGCCAAGCAGUCUUUGGGUGACUGUCCACAGGGCAUCUAACCUUCCUCCCAGGUCAGAUGGUAAACCAGCUGAUGUUUUUGUCAAGAUGAAUAUUCCAGGAACAAAGAAGUUUUUUCAGACUCAUGUUAGAAGACAGACAUUGGAUCCUGAAUGGGAGGAAAGCUUUGAAUUUGAGGUGGCUAAAGAAGAGUUUAAAAUGAGACAAGUGAUUUUUCAUGCUGUUGAUGAGGACAAGGAAAGUGGGAAUGAGUCACUGGGUCAGGUGGUCAUCAAUCUGGCAGACUUUGAUCCAGACCGUGGACUCUACGGAUCCUUCCAAUUGGCUGACCUGAGGUCUACCAAGCGCUUGAGGAGUAAAUGGGCUCAACACAGUGUAAUGCAGGAAUUCCGACAGUCUCUAAUGGCUCAUGCUCAAAGCAAAACUCCAAAAAUCCUGUAUGGCCCUCACAAAGGACAAACAGUAGUGAGCGUAAGCUGUCGCAAAGUAGGCGCCUACGGUAAGAUUCGCCUGGUAGAGGGCAUUCCCAUCAAGUAAAUGUGACGUCAUUCGGAAGACCGACCGGAAGUACCACUGGACUAGUACUAAUGCCCUGAUUCAUCAUGUUAUAGGACUGUUGCCGAGGAUUCAUCAUUAUGUUUUAUCUUAAGCUUGAUUUCAAAUCUGAAAGUAAUUAAAUAGUAUUUUUCGCUAUUCUUGUUAUUGCAAUCGAUAAGAAGAUGUAGAAUAUUUGUCACAUCUGAGUAGAUAGAAACCAAAUAAUAU